CUCUGUGAAAUCUGCAGCUCUGCGGGAUGCCCCAAGGGGGCGGGCAGGGGCGCACUAGCUCGGCCCCUGAAGGCGUGGGAGAGGCGGCUGGCCGGAAGCCUGGACAGCCCAGGGAAGCUGUGUCCCCAACCACUCCACGCGGCCGGAUCUCACCCACUGCAGCGCCUCCGGCCACCCCCUCCAGGCGCAGCUACAGCUGAUGGCUCUGGGCAGGUGCCCACAGUCUGCCCCCACCCGGCCAGAAGAGGCCGAGGCCCAGGGCAGCUCUGAAGGAAUGGGGUUAGCACCCUCAGACUGGGCAGAGAGAAGGGUUUGAGGGCGCAGAGAGGAAGGAGGCUGGAGUGUCCAUGGACCCCAGACAGAACUGACCGAGUGGGCUGGAGACGGCCACCCCCCCAUCUCCUGGGGCCGCCUGAGAGCCCCCAGCCCCCAGCCUCUGGCCUGGGCCUCAAGGGCACAGCCCUGCCCACUCGCCCGCCUCUGGCACCCGAGCUAACCCAGAGCCUCAUGCAAGGUCUCCCUCCCAGCCCGCCCUUCACCUCCUACUGUCCCCCAGGUCCUCCGCCUGUGUGACCGUUCUCGGGCCCUGUCCUGGGCCCUCCUGGCUCACAAGGUGUUACCCACAGCAACCUGCCCACCAGGCCCUGUCCAGGCACCCAGGUUGUGAGGGUCAGAGGUGAGGGUGAGCUUUUGGAAUGGCUUCUCGAGGCUCUGCCUGAGCCCAGGGCUGGAGGCCACAUCCCACAGGGCCUGCCAGCCUUCCCCUCCCCUUGCCCUGGGGCAUCCGGCCCCCUCCCCAGGAAGGAUGGGCGGGGUCUGGUGGGGACCCGCUGGGCCAGGGUGCUCCAGGGAGCAACCCGACCAGAGCCUAUCACAGUGGGGCCUGUCCCAGGCCGGCAGGCCAGCGCCCCAGGGAGCAACCCGAUCAGAGCCUAUCACAGUGGGGCCUGUCCCAGGUGGGCAGGCCAGCGCCCCAGGGAGCAACCCGAUCAGAGCCUAUCACAGUGGGGCCUGUCCCAGGUGGGCAGGCCAGUGCCCCAGGGAGCAACCCGAUCAGAGCCUAUCACAGUGGGGUCUGUCCCAGGCCGGUAGGCCAGUGUCCCAGGGUGUCUCAAGAGCAUAAAGGCACAGUGGGAGAGGCCACCCCCACCCUCCUGUCCUGCUCCCGAGACCCGUGCCAUCGACGAGAGCCACCUUCCAGGAUGCUGCAGACGCUGCUGAUCAGCGGGACACUCGCCCUGCUCACUGCAGACCCAGGCCAGGCCCAGGUCCCCAUCCAGGCCGACUUCGAUGCCAGCCAGUUCCAGGGCCCCUGGUACGUGGUUGGGGCGGUGUCGGACGACCAGGGCUUCCUGGAUGCCAAGGACAACAUGAAGAUGCCCGUGGUCUUGGUGACCUCCUUGGCCAACGGCGACCUGGGCAUCAAGUUUGGGUUUCCCACGCCCGAUGGCGGGUGCCAAGAGACGGAGAGCACCUUCACCAAGGGGGCCGUGGACGGGCAGUUCAGCAACGCGGCUAUGGCGCAGACCGACAUCAGGGUGGCUUUCACUGACUACAAGCACUUCGCUGUGAUGUACUUCGAGACCCAGAAGGGGGGCGUAAAGAACGUCUGGCUGCAGCUCUAUGCCCGGGCCCCGGAGCUGUUUCCUGAAGGCGCCCAGAGGAUGCAGCAGCUGGCACCGCAGCUGGGCCUGAGCCCCGGCCAGGGAGUCCUGCUGCCCAAGUCAGACCAGUGCGCGGAGGUCCUGACCCGGGAGGCCCCACCCAUCCUGGAGGCCCCGCCCACCCGGAGAGCCACGCCCACUACGGGGGCGGGGCGGGCGAGGCGCGAGCACCACCCCAGCGGGGCCCCCGCGCGGGAGCUGGAGCGGGGCGGUGGUCCCGGGACCCGCGGCCCAGCCCUCCUCGAGCCUGACACCUGUCCCGCGGAGGCGGGCAGUAGGUGGGAAGGCCCAGAGAGCCAGCACCUCCCACCCAAGAUGCCAGCUGCCCACAAGACAGGCGUCUGCAGAGGGACCAGCGAUGAACCAGUUGAUCUAUUCAGCGUGCUUUCCGCCAGCUCCCUUGGGUCCCCGGGAAGGGUCUGGCGUGAGGAGAUGCAGUCUGCCCUCACGGCCCCUGGCGCCUGCCGCUGGGCCCAGUCCUGCACGCCCGGCUCUGGCCACAAGGGGGCAGCCUUCAGCCAGCUGCCCACCCGCGUCCCAAGGCUGCACGAGUGA